CGCUCUCCUCCUCGCCGCUUCUGUUAGCGGCGACCGCGCCGAUUUCUGCGAUCGAGGCUCCAGGAUAAGGAGAUCGAUCACUUCUUCCUGUUCCCUUUUCCGGUGUAGCUUGCAUAACCAACUUACAGAAGAAUUCCCAGCCUAGAUGGCGGUUGAAGACAUUCCCCAGGUCCACAUCACUAGUGAUUUCUCCUGUGACCAUGAGGUGGAGAAACCUCGAGAGAAAGAACCACCAAUGAAGUGCAGCACAUCAGAUGACUCUGAUCCAGCACCAACCAUGGAUGGUUUCUUUGACUGCAGUAUUUGUUUGGACUGUUCGGUUGAUCCAGUCAUCACACUUUGUGGUCAUCUCUAUUGUUGGCCUUGCAUCUACAAGUGGAUGCAAGUGGAGAGCAUCUCCCAUCAUCAGUGUCCCGUCUGCAAGUCCCAUCUCUCAGAGGACACCCUCAUCCCACUCCAUGGUCACGGCAGUCACAGGAUCAAGAGGGACUCCGAUGUCCCAUGUCGGCCAACCUUUCACCUCAAUCGUCAUCAUGUGCUCGACCAUGGAGCUUCGAAUACGGACGAGGAGGACAAUAGUCUUUAUCAACCAAUGCAGCAGCCGCAGUUUCAUCACAAUUACUACCACCAAGAUCGAUCUUCACCACCGAUUGCACCCUUGUUUCAUUCAAUGACUAGGGAUGUGCUUGGUGGUUUAGCUGCCUCCAUUCUCCCUUGGGUGGAUAGGAAUCAUGGACUAAACUUGUACUAUGCAGAGCCAUAUCAGUUUGCAUUGAGUGGGAACAGUGCAAGGCUUAGGAGACAGCAGAUGCAGGUGGAGAACUCACUGCAUGAGAUAUGGCUCUUCCUUUGCUGCUGUGCUUUGUUGUGUCUUCUCUUGUUUUGACUGGUCUGAGCUUUCUUCUUUCAUACAUGCACAUAAGUUGAUUCAUAUGAAACUGUAAACAAUGAAAAUGACCACAAAACAGAUAAAUGCUUAAUAUGGUAAUAAAGGCAGUGGAUAAGUUGAUAUGUAUAAUAUGCAGUGAUUGAUACUUGAUAAAAAUGGAUGAUUUGGAACCACUAUUCUGUUAA